AUGAACGAAGACAACGGCGUACAGAUAUCCUUCGAUGAAGAGUGCCGCAUUCGUGUUCUGGAUCCAGAACAGUUCAAGCACUCCGAGAUGCUAGAAGAAGAAUGCCGGGGAUUUGUCGACAAGAUCCGAGAAUUCAAUGCCUCAGUCCACACCAUCGUGGAGGUCUUGCACGAGAAUGCAGCACGAAUCGACAAGGAAAAGCUACGAGCUAUUGGGCAACGAAAUAAGGUCGAGGGGGAGCUAGAGUACCGCCUGCGACAAAAAGCUUCUCUCCAGACAAUGCUUAAGGAAAAGAUGCUGGAGCUGGAUCGUCAGAACCUUCAGUACCAGUCUCUUUUGAGGAUUGAGAGCGAACAGCUAGCCUUGAUCGAGCGGCUCAGCAAUAGCGAGACACUCACAGAGCAGGAAGCCCCACGCAAGUAA